UUUUUAGAAUAGAGGAAGGCAAAGUAGUAGCCAACUAAAAGAGAAGCAAAAAGUCCCUCAAAGCUGACCGUUGCCAUAGAAACAUCUUAGCGUGGUUCCUGCGAGCUCCGGUUGUAGGUGGAAAAAGUGAAGCCGGACGGGAGGACAUAGCGCCGCUUGAGGUGUCUGCAUUUUUGUGAGAUUAUAAAUAUACCAUGGAAGUUAACAAAACUAACUCAAGAAGAAAGGAAGAGUAUGUUCAAAAUUCCAAUUUACGUCAACUGGAAGCCUCAAAUCUUCCUUCGAAUGCUUGGCAUUCUGAGGUGACAGUGUCAGUGACGGGUGAACCACCUAGUGCUGUAGAAAAAGAAAUAGCCAAAGACACAGACAUAGACAUCAUUCCGGAAGUCAUAGAGCCACUCUCCAUUGUAGAUGUGCUGAGGAUUUCGGCAGUUCUGGAGGAUACCACAGACCAGCUGUCUAUUCUAAAGUAUAUCAUGCCAGUUCAGUAUGAAAUAAAACAAAGCACCAGCAUGAAGAAAAUCAAAGAAAUGAAUUUAGAAGAAAAAAGCUUGGACCAACUUCCAGCGGUCUCAGGAACCUCAAAAAUACCCAGGGCAUUCUUACUUAAAGAAGAACCCAAGUUGCCAGAAAUCAGACAAGGAGGCGAAUUUGCCAACCAGUUUAACAAAAUGCAAGAUCUUUUCUUUAAAAAUCCUGCAAGGGAGACCAUAAUGACUACGGAGACACUGAAGAAAAUUCAGAUAGAUAGGCAAUUUUUCAGUGAUGUGAUUACAGAUACCAUGCAGGAGUUGCAAAAUUCAGGCACUUUCACCAGUCUCCUGAAAGCGUUAAGCAAGGAGAGGGAAAACAAAAUGCAUUUCUAUGAUAUCAUUGCCAGGGAAGAAGAAGGAAGAAACAAAAUAAAAUCUCUUCAAAAACAGUUUCAUAAUGUCAAAAAAGAACGGCAAGUUGAAAUUCAGAGUCAGAAUGAAUAUAUCGCCUACCUCAAGGACCAGUUGCAAGAGAUGAAGGCAAAAACCAACAUGGAGGACCGUUAUAUGAAGAAAAAUACUGAGCUGCAGAUUUCCCAGACCCAGAAAAAAUGUAACAAAACAGAGGAGCUCUUGCUGGAAGAGAUUGAGAAACUAAGACUGAAAACCGAAGAAGAGAACCGGAUUCAUACGGAGAUUGAAACGUUCCUCAAAAAGGAGCAGCAGAAACUUGAAGAGAAACUAGAAUUCUGGAUGGAGAAGUAUGAUAAAGACACAGAAAUGAAACAGAAUGAACUGAAUGCUCUCAAAUCUGCUAAGGCCAGUGAUUUAGCACACCUUCAAGAAAUUGCAAAAACGCUAAGGGAGUAUGAACAAGUCAUCAUUGAAGAUCGUAUGGAAAAGGAGAAGAGCAGGAAGAAGCAAGAAAAUGAUAUCUUGGAAUUAAAGAGCAUCAUAAAGCUCCAGGCAUGGUGGCGAGGCACUGUGGUACGGAAGGAAAUUGGCAGCUUCAGGAUGCCUAAGAAGGACAUAGAUGAUAGCAAGGAUUCAAAAGGUAAAGGUAAAGGUAAAGGUAAAGGUAAAGAAAAAGAUAAGAGAAGAGGCAAGAAAUAGUGACCAAGCAUCUUCUGUCUUCUCCUCUCGUAUCCUUGAGGAGGAGGAUCUGAAGGAGGAAGAAACGUUUUAUCAUCAGAUAACUCACCUAUAGGUUGUUUCUUAUUCGGACAUUCCCACGUGUGGCCUGGCUCGUUCACUUGGCCUGUUACCUUCGUUUUCAAACCCUGAAUUAGGAUUAUACCGUUGAUUUAGGGCUUCUUCAUAUUUUGAAAAAAUUUUGCUGAAAAGAAGUAUUUCUAGGAGCCUUGUGAAGAUUCCUCUUGCUCUUUCUUGCCAAGAAAAAGUUCAUGGGCUUGGCUACAGUGAUGCAUUAAAACUUCAGUCAUUCCUGUAAAAGAUCUGAUUCUGAUUUUAUUCAACUGGUUUAUAGUGAAAAACCUCUUAUGAGCAAAAUUGUUCAGUAGGAAUUACAAAAUGACGUUUAUCAAGUGUCUAGCAUAAUAUAUACACAGUGAAAUUUUAAGAUGAUCACUUUAGUUUUUAUUGGGGGGUGGUAGCUGUUAUACGUAUCUUAUGAUAUAUAUCUUAUAUAUAACCUUAUAUAUGUGAUAUAUGUAAUCUCAUUAUAUAUAUACAUAUCUUAUAAGCUAUUUCAGCUCCUUUUCUGGGGAAGAGGUAGGAAUAUAAAUUAUAAGAUAGAAAUGAGAUGUUAGGCUAACCCACAAAUAGUAAAGACGGGUGACACAGCUCCACAGGAAGACUAGUUUGGAGAUAUUUUUGAUAAGUGAGACCCUAGGGUCUAUACCUACUUUGCUCACUCAACAAUUCUCACCUUAUGGGGUAUAAAACUAAGAGACAAUGUGAAAAUACUUAACCUGUGCCUGGAACAUAAAGCUGUCACUCUCUAUUCCCCUAAAAAAGAAUGAGCCCACUGGGUCAUUCUUGUUUUGAUUAAUCAAAAUAGAAUGUCUUGGGAUGCUAAAGCUUUCUCUACAGCACAGUUGGUAAUUUCUGAAAUUAAAAACUGUCCAUAUGUGUCACAUAUAUUUCAUGAGUUAAGCUUUAUAUCUAACUCCAAAUACAGGGCAAAAUGGGUAUCUAUACUUCCUUUGAAAAGUA